AUGGUGGUGAAGAAUGAAGAGAAUGUAGGAAGGCUGCGCAUGUGUGUGGCAAAUGGUGAGGCUGAGGGAACACGUUCUGUGAAGAGACGGCGAAGAGAUACAACUGUAGCUGCACUUAGUAACAGUGAUGAUAAUUAUAAUAAAAGUGAUCAGAAACAGCAGCAAUUGCCACAAAGUUCAAGAUUUCGUGGAGUCAGCAGACAUAGAUGGACAGGACGGUUUGAAGCUCACUUGUGGGGUAAGCUAUCUUGGAAUAUAACACAGAAGAAGAAAGGGAAACAAGGUAGAAAACUUUUCACUUGGGGGACAACAACUUUCACCAAUUUCCCAGUGUCUGAUUAUGAGACUGAGAUUGAAAUAAUGCAAUCUGUGACAAAAGAGGAGUAUUUGGCCACUUUAAGAAGAAAAAGCAGUGGUUUCUCAAGAGGUGUAUCCAAGUAUAGGGGAGUUGCAAGGCACCAUAAUAAUGGCAGAUGGGAAGCAAGAAUAGGGAGAGUUUUUGGAAACAAAUACCUCUACCUUGCUACUUACAGUACCCAAGAGGAAGCUGCUCGUGCUUAUGACAUUGCAGCAAUUGAGUACAGAGGGAUCAAUGCUGUGACCAACUUUGACUUGAGUACAUACAUAGGAUGGUUAAAGCCAGGACCAAAUGCCUCAUUAGCCACUCAUGAACUACAGGCCAUCCCAGAGCCUCAUACAGUGACAUCACCAAGUAACUACAAUCCAAAAGAGAAAUCCAUAUCCUUGUUCUUACACACUAAUCCUUUGGUCACAGGCUACUUGAAGUCCCCUGAAAAGCAUGAUAUAUUUGAAAGCAAAAUUCCUGUUAGCUCAAUCAAUAAGUCUUCCUCUCCCACUGCACUGGGCCGCCUCCUUCGAUCUUCGGUAUUCAAAGAAUUAGUUGAGAAGAAUUCAAACAUUUCUGAAGAUGACACUGAUGGGGAAGAGCCAAACAACCAAGCACAGAUGGGUAGUGAUGAUGAUUUCUUUGGGAUCUUUUAUGAUGGAAUUGGUGACAUCCCAUUUGUCUGCAAUUCCAAUGAAGACAGCAUAGAAUUGCAAGAAAGAGGACUUGAUUUCAUAUUAUAA